AUGACAACUUCAUUCUCCACCUUAAUAUUUGUCUCUUUUGCUCUUCUCUUCUCUUCACCUUUUGGGGCUGAAGCACGGCCCAAGCCAAAUAUACCCAUCUCUUCUCUCGUCACCAAAACUCUUUUCGACUCCUUUUUCCUACACAAAGAUGACGCUGCAUGCCCUGCUAAAGAUUUCUACACCUACCACUCCUUCAUUCGUGCAUCAAAAUCCUUCCCUGCAUUCGGUACCACUGGUUGUUUAGCCACGCGCAAGCGUGAGAUCGCUGCGUUUCUCGCUCAGGUUUCUCAUGAAACCACUGGUGGAUGGGCCACUGCACCUGAUGGUCCAUUUGCUUGGGGCUUGUGCUUCAAGGAAGAAAUUAGUCCUCAGAGUAAUUACUGUGAUUCUACUAACACCCAAUGGCCUUGCUUCCCUGGCAAAAGUUACAAGGGAAGAGGACCAAUUCAACUUUCUUGGAACUACAACUAUGGACCAGCAGGGAAGGCGUUGGGAUUUGAUGGGCUGAGGAAUCCAGAGAUUGUGGCGAACAAUUCUGAGAUAGCCUUCAAAACUGGUCUGUGGUUUUGGAUGACUGAGCAAAAGCCAAAACCUUCUUGCCACGACGUGAUGGUUGAGAAAUACGUGCCUACAGAAGCUGACAUAGCAGCGAACCGAACAUCUGGUUAUGGCUUGGUGACUAACAUAAUCAAUGGUGGACUGGAAUGUGGGAUUCCUGGUGAUGCAAGAGUCAAUGAUCGGAUUGGGUUUUUCGAAAGAUAUACAAAGUUGUUCAACGUGGACACUGGACCUAACUUGGAUUGUGCAUAUCAGAAACCCUUCUAA